GGAAGCCGUGAAUAAGGUUCUGGGGUGAAACAUAGUAAGGUGAUUGACCCGAGCCCGGGCUUCUUAUGUCUUCAGUCCGCCGUUUUGCGGGCGCUGGUGAUUAGAGAUUUGGAAUAGGUUGCGGCCACCUCGGCAACUGCCCUGCUUUAGUCCCGAGACCCUAUAGCAUGCUGACUCAGUGGUUCGGGUUGAUUGGCACUCCGGUAACCACCUUUCAAUCAUAUAAGGAUAAUUAGUUUGGUCCUCCUGUGAAGUUCAACCGAAGCACGAGACAACCGAAGCACGAGACAUUAUCAGUAGAACACAAAGCUCAGGCCCUCAGAGUACUUCGUUCUUUUUCUUUCUAUUAACAUUCACUCUCAUUCCAGACAUCUGAUACCGCAGCCAUGGAUGCCUUCCGCGGACAAUUGGAACACAUUCCCCUCCCAACCACCUCGUUCCUGGGCCAGACCAUUAUUGUUACGGGAUCUAACACUGGUUUGGGAUUGGAAGCUGCCAAGCAUUUUGUACGACUUGAUGCAGAAGUUGUCAUUCUCGCGGUCAGGUCGCUAGAAAAAGGCGAAGCGGCCAAAGCCUCUAUCGAGGCUUCCACGAAGCGAAAGAACGUCGUCCAGGUAUGGCAGCUGGAAAUGGACAAAUACGAUUCAAUCAAAUCCUUCGCCACAAGAUGCAAUUCACUCGAAAGGCUCGACGCCGUGGUGGAAAAUGCUGGCAUUUUGAGGAAUACGUACGAAGAGAGUGAGGGAACUGAGAUCAGCAUCAAGGUCAAUGUCAUCGGGACAUUCCUACUAGCACUAAGCUUGUUUCCAGUCCUUCGAAAGUCACAUGAAAAGACCGGACGAACGCCAAGGCUAGUCAUUACUAGUUCUUCUGUUCAUUACAAUGCGAAAUUCCGCGAAAGAUUCGAACCUUCAAUCUUUGAUGCUUUGAACGAGGACAAGCCAGCAUGGCUCAAUGAUCGGUACAAUGUAUCGAAACUACUCGAAGUCAUGCUUGUCCGUUCAAUCGCUGCGGCAAUGAAGCAAGGCCCUCAUGGCGCUCAGCCAAUCAUUUUGAACAACGUGCACCCCGGGCUGUGCGAAUCAGAGCUAGACAAGGAUGCUAAGGGAUUGCCUCGCUACCUUCUCACCAUCGCGAAAACACUCGUUGCGCGCAAGACAGAGGUAGGUUCGCGAACACUCGUGCAUAGUGCAGCUGCUGGAGAUGAAAGCCACGGAAAGUACAUGAGCGAGUGCAGAGUUAGGGAGCCGAGCGCCUUUGUCAGAAGCAAGGAGGGUGCAGAGACCCAGGCACGUGUGCAUAAGGAGCUGAUGGCUAUACUGGAGAGCAUUCAACCCGGAAUCACACAAAACCUCUGAGUAAGACAGUAUUACCACUAAAAUGCUAAGUAUCAAAACUAAGUAUUACUAUUAGUAUUAUUUAUUUUUAUUUCUUAUUAUGAGUUUUAUUUAUUUAUUUAUUUGACAACAUAAUAUAACGUGCAUGAUAAGCGAGA